AAGACGAUGCUGGUGCGAGCACUCGCCGCGGAGUCGCGCCUCAACUUGCUCGCGGUCCCGAUCCCGCAGCUCAUUCGUCCGGCGGUGGGCGCGUCGGAGAGGGCGCUUGCGGCGCUCUUCGAGCACGCACGCGCGCACCGGCCCUGCCUCGUCUUUCUGGACGAGCUGCAGGCCGCCUCAGCCCUGCUCCUCCCUGCCCUCUCCGCUCUCCUCCGACGCGGCGGCGGCGGCGGCGGCGGCGGCGGGCAGGUGUCUCGCCUCCUCCUCUCGCAGCUGCUGCUCGAGAUGGACGCCGUGCAGGCCGAGGCCGACGCCGACGCGGCCGCGGGAGGGCUCGGCGGCGCCGUGGUGCUCGCGGGCGCGACAAACACGCCGGCCGCCCUCGACGAGGCGUUGCUGCGGCCGGGACGGCUCGAGCACCUCUUCUUUGUCCCGCCUCCGGGCCGGCGCGCGCGGCGUGACAUCUUGGCGCGCCAGCUGCGGCGCAUGCCGCUCGCGGAGCCGAUCGACGCGGAGUCCCUCGCGGCUGCGACCCCGCGCUUCACCGGCGCCGACCUCCUCUCCCUCUGCCAAAAGGCCGCCCUCGGGGCGCUGCGGCGC